GACCCUGACAUCACAUUACAUCGCCGUGAUCUCAAGGAGUGUCACCACUAGUUACUGCCCGUCACAUCACCUGGUCUUAACCCGGGCAGGCCACCACUUCAAUGGAGUGGGCACCCACAAGCGGCCUGGUUUGCUGCUGGAAGCUCGUCUGUGUUACUGCCCUGCAGUUAGAAAUGGCAAAUGAGGACAAUUAGUUUGAUUCCGCGGUCUAUGUUAUUCGCCUCUCGCAGUUUGCUUUUUAGCUCUGUUGAAGAUCAGAAGAUAUAGGAGGAGAAUCAGGCCGUUCGGCUCCUCGGGUCCGGGGGCAAUAGUCGUGGUUCUGCUUGUAGGCUACGGUUGUGAUUCUGUUCAGAAUUGAGACUGUGGAAGCGAUGUUGCACGAAAACCCUUAGAGUGCGUGGAGCCAGAGUUUGCUGCGAGCCAGAGAGGGUCUUAAUGCAUUGUGGAAUACUUGUCCUCUUCAUAUCCCUCUUCCUGACACUAGUUGGGCCAUGUGAGCUGCUGGACAAUGGCUUGGCUAAAUCUCCCCCCAUGGGGUGGAUAGCCUGGGAGCGCUUCAGAUGCACGACAGAUUGCAAUGUGUACCCUGACAACUGCAUUAGUGAAGACUUGUUCAUGGCGAUGGCAGACAAGCUUGUAGAAGAUGGCUGGAAAGAACUGGGAUAUCAAUACGUCAACAUUGACGACUGCUGGUCUGCGCUGGUGAGGGACGUCAAUGGAAAGCUUCAAGCAGACCAAGACCGAUUCCCAAAUGGUAUUAAGAAACUGGCUGAAUAUAUUCAUUCCAAAGGACUGAAGCUGGGGAUUUACGGUGACCUGGGUCACUCAACCUGUGGUGGCUAUCUUGGUACCUUACCGGAAACCAUUGACAUCGAUGCGAAUACAUUUGCAGAAUGGGAAGUAGAUAUGGUGAAGCUUGACGGAUGCAAUUCCAACUCCACUGAAAGAUCAAUAGGUUAUCCCAAGAUGAGCCGUGCACUCAAUUCCACAGGAAGAGCAAUCUUGUAUUCCUGCAGCUGGCCAGCUUAUGAAGAUGGUUUACCCCCAAAGGUGAAUUACACUCUAAUUGGGCAACUCUGCAACCUUUGGAGAAAUUAUGAUGAUAUCAAUGACUCGUGGGAUAAAGUGAAGGCCAUUAUAAAUUGGUUUGGAGACCACCAGGAAGAUUUGCAACCAGCUGCAGGUCCAGGAAGAUGGAAUGAUCCAGAUAUGUUGAUAGUUGGUAACUUUGGCCUGAGUCAAGACCAGUCUAAAGCACAGCUAGCCAUCUGGGCUAUAUUGGCGGCACCAUUUUUUAUGAGCAAUGAUCUUCGUACAAUCUCUGAUGAUGCCAGGACCCUUCUGCAAAACAAGUUGCUCAUCCAUAUAGAUCAGGACAAACUAGGACAACAGGGUGUUAGAAUUAAGAAGGAUCAAGAUUUCCAACUGUGGAAGAGGAAGCUAUCUCAUGGACAAUUUGCUCUCGCCUACCUCAACACGGCUGAUCUGGGCGAAGCCAGAUCCUUCACAUUGAGCUUAUCUCCUCUGCACAUUGAGGACUGUUCUCUUGGGUACAAUAUCUAUAAUGUUUUUGACAAGCAGCUCGUUGCCUUUCUGACUUCAAACCACACACACAGUUUUCGUGUCAAUCCAACAAGUGUUGUCCUUUUCUUUAUUCGCCCUGUUUGUUAACUGUCAUGAUUUUAACAUGUGAAUAUUUGCUAUAAAGCUAGAGGAAAAAAACUGCUGCUUAAUUAUAUGAUGCUUUAAAUAUGUCAAUAUGUCUUUAAAGAGUCAUCCAAAUAUCAUGGUAAGACACAUUGAAGACAUAAAUAUCUAUAUAUGUAACAAUUCAACAUUCCCGUGUUAUGUGCAGGUCGAAUUUCCGAUGAAAUCUGUACCGCAAGUUCCAACAAUUUUGUGUCUGUCUUGAAAUAUACAUCCUAUAUAUUUUCUUUCUUGCGCCAUCGGCUACUGACUAUCCCAUUGAAAUAAAGUAAAGGAAAUGGCAUUGUAGAGGUCAAACAUUUUGUAAGUGACAUUUGCAACACCCAAUGGGGCUGAUAAUAAAAAUGGUGUGAUAUGUCAUCCGAAUGCCAGAUAUAUCUAAACUAGUCAACCUGAAAGCCUUCCUUGAAACUUUUUCCUCCAAAUCAGUGACCGACAGAGAACAUAUUAAACCAGCCAGUAUUUCACUGAUAUUUGACCAUGAGAUUUUUGAAAAGUCUGCUUCCAUUUCUGACCUAAAUUUUACACAGUGAAAAGGAAAUGCUCCAUACAGAUGCAGUUAUAAGAUACAGCCUAAAUAUUUCUAUCUAUCUAGAGCAACCAGCUGCCAACUGUCUCAUUAAAAUAAAUACAAAUAUGAAAAUAACAGCAACAUGUGAUAAAUGUACUAAUACAUCACUAAAUAUUUUAUUAUGCUUGAUCUGAAUGUCUAAACAAAUGUUCAAUUAAUUUUCAUGCUAAAAUAUUAGUAGAAUGGUAUACUGAAUAAUAUUUUAAUUAUUAAAUAGUAAUUGUAAUGCUUGUUUUCCUUUGACUGAAUCUGCUGAUGUCAGUUUCAUACCACAUUCUGCAUUUUACUUACUUUUGCUCCAUAUACAUGUAUCGUUAAAUUUUGAGAAAUAAAUGCCCAUUUAUUUGCCAGAUGGUGGGAAUACAUAUCUUUGCCUGUCACAUGUAAAUUAUGUUGUACUGAAUAAAAUGAUGUAUAUAUAUGUAUCAAGUUCUCUUUUGUCAAGAUAUGAAAAGUAUAAGUUUUCAAAAUGGACACAAAUAACUUUUAUCCCACAUGAUGUCUUUAGACUUUACACUUUAGAGAUACAGCGUUGGAAGCAAGCCCUACCUCCCACCGAGUCAGCGCCAACCAGUGAUCACCCCGUACACUAGCACUAUCCUACACACUAGGGACAAUUUACAAUUUACAGGAGCCAAUUGACCUACAAACCUGGAACAGAGGGUCCAGCCUCAGAAUAAAAGGAUAUACAUUUCGAAAGGAGAUGCGGGGGAAUUUCUUCAGCAAGAGAGUGGUGAAUCUGUAUGUAUUCAUUGCCACAGACGGUGGUGGAGGCAGAGAUGGACAGAUUCUUCGUUAGUAAUGGUGUUGGGUUAUAAUUCAUUAUAGCACGGUGAUAUGCCCAGUCAGGUAAUGGAAGUGAAGAUGGGUCUCCACCUGAAACAUCAACUCUGAGUCUAAAGAAGGGUCUUGACCUGAAACGUCACGCUUUCCUCCCAGAGAUGCUGCCUGACCCGCUGAGUUACUCCAUCAUUUUGUGUGUCUAUCUUCAAUGUUAUCCAGCAUCUGCAGUUCCUUCUGACACAGAUAAUGGAACUGUUAG